UCACGCGUUCCCGCUCUCAGAGAAAACAACUCCUCGUCGGCACUCGAACUCAAACCUCUGUUUAUGCUAACGUUUGUUCAAAAGCAGAAUUUCUGACGGUGCAUUUGAUUGAGAACUAGAAUAAAUCCAGGAUCAUGGAUUCCGUUCCGGUCAUACGAAAACUUGAUGAAGUUGUCAUAAAUCGGAUAGCUGCUGGGGAGGUUAUUCAGCGCCCAGCCAAUGCACUGAAAGAGAUGAUAGAAAACAGCUUGGAUGCUAAAUCAACCAACAUUCAAGUGACAGUGAAGAAUGGUGGUUUGAAACUUCUUCAGAUUCAAGACAAUGGAACAGGAAUUCGACGUGAGGAUUUGGAAAUAGUUUGUGAACGUUUUACUACUAGUAAGCUAACUAAAUUUGAUGAUUUAAGUAGUAUUUCUACUUAUGGUUUUCGAGGUGAGGCAUUGUCAAGCAUUAGUCAUGUUGCCCAUCUCACCAUCACAACUAAAACAGCGUCAGAAAAAUGUGCUUUCAAAGCAAAUUAUACUGAUGGAAAAUUGAAAGCACCUCCAAAGCCUUGUGCUGGAACACAGGGUACUCAAAUUGCCGUUGAAGAUCUAUUUUAUAAUGUAUCAACCAGAAGAAAAGCGCUAAAAAGUCCUGGAGAAGAGCAUUCACGAAUUGCUGAUGUAGUGAGCCGUUAUGCAAUUCACAAUUCCAAAGUAGGGUUUUCCCUCAAGAAGCAAGGGGAAACAUUAUCAGACAUUCGCACCCUACCAAACUCAACAGUUGUGGAUAAUGUGAGAACAAUUUAUGGCAAUUCUAUAGCUAGAGAACUUCUAGAGGUGAAAUCAGAAGAUGAUGUGUUGAAAUUUAAACUUACUGGCCAAGUCACAAAUGUUAACUACUCUACCAAAAAAAUGGUUUUUCUCCUUUUUAUUAAUCACCGUCUUGUGGAUUCAACUGCAUUAAAGAAGACCAUAGAACAGGUGUAUUCUGUUUAUCUUCCUAAAAACAGCCAUCCAUGGGUAUAUCUUAGCUUAGAGCUAGAUCCUCGUAAUGUAGAUGUUAAUGUACAUCCCACCAAGCAUGAGGUUCAUUUCCUACAUGAAGACAAGGUGAUUGACCGUAUAAGAGCUGCUUUAGAGGAAAAGUUGCUUGGUUGUAAUACUUCAAGAGUGUUUUAUACUCAAGCCCGGCUGCCAGACUCAGGUUCUAUGCCUGCUCCUUCAGAAGUGUUAUCAUCUUCUAGUUCAACAACUGUUCUUCCUCAACACCUUGUCAGAACUGACAGCUCUGCCCAGAAGCUAGACAAGUUUUUUAAACCUGAAAGCAGUAGUAAAGAAACAAAGGAAUCAUCUGUGAAACUAAGUGUUGAGAGUGUACAGAAUUGUGAAACUUCUCCACCUCCUGUAUUGACAUCUGAAAGUAAUAGGAGAGAUAUACAAUUGACUAGUGUUCUUAAGCUGAGAGAAGAAGUUGAGAAAUCCGGUCACAAAGGACUGUUAGAUGUGACAAGUAAGUUUACUUUUGUUGGGUGUGUCAAUCCCUCACUGGCCUUGAUUCAACAUGAAACUGUUUUAUACAUUUGCGAUACUGCUGCAAUAUGUGCAGAACUUUUUUAUCAAAUUUUGCUCUAUGACUUUGGUAAUUUUGGCAUCAUACGGUUCUCGAGUCCCUUGUCACUUUAUGAACUAGCUAUGGAAGCACUAAAACUGGAGGAAUCUGGUUGGACAGAAGCCGAUGGUUCAAAGGAGGAAUUAGCGCAAUCAGUAAAAGAUCUUCUCUUAAGCCGGGCUGAAAUGCUGGAAGAUUAUUUUUCUAUGGAACUUGAUUCUGAUGGAAAUCUGGUUUCGAUCCCACUCUUGUUAGACAAUUUCAGUCCACCUAUGGAGGGUCUUCCAAUGUUUGUUCUUAGACUGGCUACAGAGGUUGAUUGGGACAAAGAAAAAGAAUGUUUUCAGGGAGUCUGUAAAGAGACAGCCCAUUUUUAUAGUCGUAUUGCUUCAGAAGCAGUCUCCUGUUCAUCUCUAACACCAGAUUCCCUUGAUGAAACAGAAUCUGAGGAAGUUCAUGACUGGAGAUGGGUUAUUGAACACGUCAUCUAUGCAGCUCUAAGAAAGAAUUUUUUACCCCCAAGAAUUUUUGCUGAAGAUGCCACUGUCCUUCAAAUAGCUAAACUUCCUGACUUGUACAAAGUUUUUGAGAGGUGCUAAGCAGGCUAUUCUCUGGAUAUUUGUUAAACAUGGCAGUUUUUAUUUUCAUUUAACAUUUGAAUGGAAUCAAUGCAAUGCAUUGCUGGAUCUCUGAUUAAUUUCAGAAUUUUUACUGCAGAAUUUUAUGAACUCCUUAUUAUGUCAUUGAAGUAAUGUUGUCUGUGAAAGGACUAGAUAAAUUUUAAGACAGUU